AACAUGUGAGUUCCAGCUUCUGUCAAUUUGUUUUGUUUUGUUGAGUAAAACCUUAAAAGUGUUGAUUAGUGUUGUUGUUAAUAAAUGGACUCAGAGUUCGGUUGAUUAUAUAGUGUAUAAAUGAGAAAACCAGUACUAAUAAAAUUACUUUACCAAGUUACAGAUAAAGAGUUUUAAUUUAAUAUGUUCUAAACAUGUAGCAUUCUGCCUUGUGAACUGCAAUAAAAGUGUCACAGGUGUUCUCGAAUGGAGAAAGAAUUGAAAAAUCUUCUGCAAGAUGAAAGUGAAGAUGCUAUUCUUGCACGAAUUCAAGAAGAGAGUCUCAGGUAUUACAAUGAAGUGGAAUUACCUCGAAGAGCAGCAGAGAAUAUCGAAAACAAAGAAGUUACAGAUCACAUUCAACCUCAGCCUCACUGCUCAAAAAAUAAUGAUGCUAGAUUUUACAAUGAAGUUGAAUCACCCCAUAGAGUUGCUGAAGAGUUCCAAGAAAACGGAAUUUCAGAUUGUGAAAAACUAAAAACUGAUCAGCCACAUUGCUCUAAAACAGAUGGCAUUAGCCAGAACACACCAGUUAAAGAUGUGUUUUACAAGGGGUGUAGUCAAGGAGCAGAUGGGUUUCAUCUCGCCGCAGGGGAAACUUAUGUUUAUCCCACAAAUUACCCAAUCCGGAAAUAUCAAAAAAGUAUUAUUCAUUCUGCUCUGUUUCACAACACACUAGUGAGCCUGCCAACUGGUCUAGGAAAAACAUUCAUAGCCGCUGUCGUUAUGUACAAUUACUACAGGUGGUUUCCUCAAGGGAAAAUUGUUUUUAUGGCUCCAACAAGGCCUUUAGUGGCACAACAAAUUAGGGCUUGUCAUGACAUCAUGGCUAUACCCAUCAAGGAUACCAUUGAAAUGACAGGUUCAAUGAAUCCAGGAGAUAGAUUAAAGCAGUGGAAGAGUAAAAGAGUAUUUUUCUUGACACCCCAAGUGAUGGCCAAUGAUUUACGCAGUGGGGUUUGCCCCGCCACACUGUUCAAGUGUGUUGUCAUUGAUGAAGCCCAUAGAGCCACAAAGGAAUAUUCAUAUUGCCAUGUAAUAAAAGAACUUGAGAAAGCCGGUGCUAUGUUUAGAAUAUUGGCUUUGUCUGCUACCCCUGGAUCAAAUAUUAAAGCUGUUGUCGAAGUAGUCCAGAACCUGCGGAUAUCGACCCUAGAGCUGAGAGGAGAAGACUCGCCUGAUGUCACACCAUAUACACAUGCCAAACAAAUUGAGCCUGUAUCACUGAGUCUCUCAAAAAAUAUUCUUGACUUUCGGGAACAAUUUCUUCUUAUAUUUGAACGAUAUGCAAGAAGUCUGAGAGAGGCGAGGUUGGUUACGUGUAACGUCCAAAAUAUAACAAAGUUUCAGCUCCUCAAAGCCAGUGAGAGAAUUCGUUCAAAACCUCCCAAUGGAAUGGCAAAAGCAAGAGUCGGAAUUCUGAUGGCUGAUUUUACAGUAUGUAUGACAUUAGCUCAUGGACUUGAGUUGUUACAAACGUACGGUCUUCGUGCAUUUCAUCAAUAUUUUACAGGCUGUGAAGAUGAAGAAAAUCGUAAAGCUGCUUUCACCAGGCUUAGUCAAGAUGUAGAAUUUCACCAGCUGAUGGAAAAUCUUCACAAAGCAGUAUCUUCCCCAAUGGAUCAGUUUUGGAGUCACCCAAAGCAUGAACAUUUGGUAAAAAUUUUGAAGGAACACUUUUCUGUUAAUGAAAAUCAAAAAGAAGAUUCAAAAGUUAUAAUUUUUUGCCAGUACAGAGUUGUUGUCAGCGAAGUCUACGAACUUCUGCAGAAAAUUCAUCCUUCGAUAAAGCCAAUUAUGUUUAUUGGUCAAGGAGCGGGAAAGGACAAAACUGGUCUUCCCCAGAAGAAGCAAAUAGAGGUGAUGAAGCAGUUUCGAGAAGGUAAGAGCAAUGUUCUGAUAGCGACUUGUGUGGCUGAAGAAGGCCUGGAUAUAGGUUCAGUAGACCUGCUGAUACUGAUGGAGGUGCAGCGAUCUCCGGUGAGGCUGGUCCAGAGGUUGGGCCGUACAGGUCGGCACCGCCAGGGCCGUUGUGUGGUGCUGCUCACCCAGGGCAGGGAGGUUCAGAAAUUUGAUGAAGCAAUGGCCACCAAAAAAUCGUUUAUCAGCAUGAUACAAAAUUCCAAAUUGCUCACAGCCAACCUCUUUAAAGAUGAGCCUACCAUGGUACCGUCUCAUCUUAUGCCAAAAAUGCAGUUAGUUCAUAUUAAUGUUCCGGAGAGAAUAACUCCGGGUAAAGUAAAGAAGCAAAGUGAUAUUCGCCAGGCACUGAUGGCCAAACUGAAUGAGACUGAAGAGGCAGAGGAAUCACCCUUCCUGCUGCCAGAGCAAGAGGCUCUUGUACAAGAAGAGUUAAACACUUUAAAAGUGAACUUCAACAGUCUUUCAUUUACAGAUUCUAAAUACCUUUACCACAGAAUCAAUGAUGCUAACAUGGGUUCUGAAGAGUUAUUCAAUUUAGAAUUCACUCAACAGUCUGAGUUUACAGACUGGAACAGAGUGCUACAACAGACGUAUUUAGUAUCACAUUCUUCAGACUCCGAAAUAUUGUGUCAUUUACUGGAUAAGGCUGAAUCCAUGCAACUAGGAGAGCAUAAAGAUUUGAAUUCGCAAGUGGAUUACAGCAGUAUUGUCACAAAUAAAAAGAGGGUGUCAAAAACGAAAACAAAGCGUGUUCCAGAAAACCCGAUAAAGAAAAAGAAAACAGACAAAGAAGAAAAGCAUGGCAUGGAUAUCCGAGAGUGCAUGGCAAUCGCUGCAGACAAAGCACGGUUAACUCAGGAUAAAUGUGGGGUCAAGGAUGAUUCUGUGAUUAUAUCUGAAUCCUUGAUUGAUCAAACUGUUGUAAUUUCACCUCAUGAAACAAUUGUACAGGACAAGGAACAUGGGGACUCUGUGGAAUGUGCUUCGUGUAACCAUACUUUUGGAGGAAUCGCUAAAGAACUCCAGAAAUUCCUACCACCUAUUCAGAAUUUCUCUUUCAACUUUAAUUUGUCAAGGAUGGAAAUAUUUGUGAAAAGUCUGACAAAAGAAGUGAUAACAAGGUUUAAUGUUUCAGAAACUUUAAGAGAAGACACGGAUUUUACUGUUGAAGAUAUUAAUAGAAAUAUCAUGGCUUUAAAAGCAUCAAACAAUGUAAAUAUUACAACAAAACAAGAAUCCUCAGAUCUAUUUGAUGUGAAUGACAUUUUUGAGACUGAAUUUCAAACACCACCAAAAACUUUGCUGCCAAAAAGUAAUCUAAUAAAUCAUUCUUUAAAUAAAAUAAACUCUUUAGCUAGAACUCCAAGCAAAAUAUUGGUGAAACCCCUACUUUCACAGCAGAGUCAAGAUUAUUUUAACUUAGACGAUAUUUUUGCUGGAGAUGAUGAUGAAGAUAUUCAACAUUGGGUAAAGUGUUCCAAAACAUCCACGCCGAUUCAAAAGAUAACUCCUGUAUUUGACUUGGAAUCAAAAAAGGAUGGAUUUGAAAAAGGAGUAUUUGAAGAACGUGUUCAGAAUCCCAAUAAAUUAAAAGCUAAUACGAGUAUGUGUCUUUUUAAAGUUCCACAGAUGAAACUAGAUCCUCAAACUUUAAACAAUUUGCAUGAUAUAUCCAAAAGCUCAGAGGUACAGUUGAGCCCGCAGUCACCAGUAUUGUCAGGACAAUUGGUGCCCCCAAAAAUAUCUUUAACUUCUGUAAGUGCUCAAGGUUGUAGAAAUUCAUUUUUCCAAAGUCCUGAAAGUCCAAUAUUGACAGGACAAUUAACAUUGUCUUCCAAAAUGUCUUCAGCAAGAAGAGAAGAGAGAAAACCCUUAUUCUGCGACAGUCCUGAAUCUCCUAUAUUAUCAAGUCAAAUAUUGCGUAAUAAGAGUUCCCCAGUCAAUAAAGCUGGGCGCAAAGUCUUAUUUUCAGAAAACCACGUAAAUAAACAAAAAGGUGAUAUUACUAAAUCCACGUGGUGCAAACCUCUCUAUAAUAAUUUAAAUGAAAUGGAAACAAAUGACGUAUGUACGGAAAUAGAAGGUGAUGACAUGUUAUCUGCUAGUCAGUUGUUUGAUGAUGAAGAUUCCGGUGAAGGGAAUACAAAAAGUAAUUUGGAUCAAUCAUCUAUGUACACUAUCAGUCAAAUGGUUGCAAAAGUUACGGAAUUGGCAAGGAAUCCAUUAGUUCACGAAUCAACUGCACAUAAAAGUACAAAGGAUGCUAAAACUCCACAAAAAGUUGAUAAUAAAUUUGGAAGCAGCGAUGAAGAUUCACUAUUUGAAAAUAUUAAUUUAGAUGAUUUGUCAGUGAGAAAUAACAAUGCUGAUACUAAAAAGGAUGUUUCUAACACUGAAAAAAUACUUUCCAAUAAUAUGCGAAAUUCUGGCAACGUCUCAUAUAACUGCAGUACUGUUAAUGUAAACAAUAAAAAUGUUAAAGAAAAUUCAAAUGCUGAAACAACUUUAUAUAAGAAUAAUCAGCUUCACAAUAGCAUUAACAGAUCUAACUCUAUCAUCAGUAAUCAACAGAAUUCUGCACUAACAAAUUUUGAAGAAGUGAAUGAGGUGUGUGAAGAAUCUUCAAUUACUACAAGGUGGCUGAGUUGCAUGAAAUCACCAUUCCAGCCGCACACUAUAAAAACGUCAACACCACAUGUUCAAGUCAAUAAAAAAACAAAUUUUGAUUCUGACUCAGACUCGCAUGACGAUGUCUUUCAGAGCCCAUUGCAGAAAAUGAAGAAUAGACCUCCAGUGAAUAUUGAGAAAAACACCAGAAAGGAAAAGAAACGACAGCUGUUUGUAGAGAUGGAAGCGGACGUAACAGGUCCUCCUCAGUCCAGCGAUGAAGAAAAUACAAGUGGAUUAGAUGACCUUGAUGACAGUUUCAUCAAUGACAUGACAGAACAACCUUGUACAUCUGUAGACCAUACAGUUUUAGACAUGCAAGCUAGAUAUCUCCAGUCUGUCAAGAGUCCAGUGCGGAAACCUGGAGGCUUCAAAAUACCAAAAGUUUCAGACUCAGUCUUGGCCCAAGAUGUAUUUUCUCAGUUUGUUGAAGAGGAGGAGGACUCAUAUCUGAAUGACUCAUUUUGCUGUGAUGCUACAGAGAUUCCAGUGGAUGAAGAGCCUUCUGUAUUGGAGAUGGCAGAAUAUAUACUAAACCAAGAUAGAAAAUCUAGAAAAGUAAAAAAGACAAAGAGAAAGCGUACAAAGUUCAAUUCUAGUAGUGAUGACAAUGAAAUUGACCAAGAACAGAAAGAAAAAUGGCUGCUCAGCUCAGAAUCAAGUGAUGAGGACCAAGUUGUGAAAAACUGUAAAACGAGAAAAAGAAAACAGUGUCUUAAUUCUGAAUCAAGCCCUAGUGACCAGUCAUUAGAAACGAAGAAACCCUUCAAAAGAAAACGAAUUCACUUGCUUACAUCUGAUAGUGACAGUGACAGGACAUUAUAACUGUAAUUAACAAUUUUCUGUGACCAUUAGUAAAUAUUUAUUGUUACUUUUAAUUAAGAUUCUUGUUAUAAGAUUAAAGACUGUUAAACAUA